UAGACAGGUGAUACCUCAUUCUGAAAGAGAUCAGAAGAAAAGCAACAUUUGUAGCCGCUAUGUGGACUUUGGUAGCCUCCGUAUUGUGUCUGAUGACCUCUCUCACACACACUGAAGAGACCUGCCCAGAUGUAAAACUUGUUGGAAUUGAAGGCUCUGACAAGGUGGCUAUACUUCGUGGGUGUCCUGGGUUGCCUGGACCUCCAGGCCAGAAAGGUGAACCCGGUGCUCCCUCAGAGAAAGGGCCAAAGGGAGAACAUGGGAAAGCUGGACCUGCCGGGUCACCAGGGGUAAAUGGUGUUCCAGGAGCUAAAGGGCAAACAGGGCCAAAGGGAGAACCUGGGAAAGCUGGACCUGCCGGGUUGCCAGGGGUAGAUGGUGUUCGAGGAACUAACGGGCAAAAAGGAGAGAAAGGAGACAAGGGCACUCCAGACCGAGGCUAUGCUGCACGGAACUGCAAAGAACUGCUCAACUUGGGCACUAUCUUCAGUGGCUGGUACACCAUAUAUCCUGACGGAAAGAAAUCACUAACCGUUUAUUGUGACAUGGAUACAGAAGGAGGAGGAUGGAUAGUAUUCCAGAGGCGAUAUGAUGGCACAGUGAAUUUUUUUAGAGACUGGAAGGACUACAAGCGAGGCUUUGGCAAUCAGCUGAGUGAAUUCUGGCUGGGAAAUGAUAAUAUCCAUCUGCUGACAUCAUCUGGAACACAUGAGUUACGGGUUGACCUGACCGAUUAUGAAAAUAAUUACAGUUUUGCUGCCUAUGCUUCAUUUGCCAUUUUGGGUGAAAAGGACAAUUAUCAGCUGAAGAUCGGAGCUUUUACUGGAGGCAGUGCAGGUGACUCUCUUGGACACCAUAACAAUAGUCCCUUUACUACAAAGGACAAGGACAAUGAUGAAUAUCCCACCAACUGUGCAGCAGAAUUUAAGGCUGCUUGGUGGUAUGCAAAAUGCCAUACCGCCAACCUGAAUGGUCUGUAUUUGAGGGGAGCACAUGAGAGUUAUGCAAAUGGAGUUAUUUGGGAAUCCGCUAAGGGAUUUUAUUAUUCUUAUAAAAUCACAGAAAUGAAGUUCAGACCCGUGUAACCUGCAAUAUCUGAAGAAAGACUUCUUGUCCAACAAACCAUUCUGAUGUUUCCUUUUAUUGUCCUGGUGUUGUAUAAGAGAUUUAAAUAAAGAUUUUGAUUGGCUGCUAUGGAUCAACAAUUAUUUCUGCAGGAACUUUAAUAAAUAAGACGGUUUAUAAAGUG